CCACUAUUGACUGGCUGCUGUCUACUUCACGCCGAGUGCUAAGGCCUCUUGUUACUCGCGCUGCGGGCCUGGCAAUCAGGCUACUACUAGAACAAUGCGCAUAACUCUGCUGCUCUGCUCUGUCUUCCUUGCUGCCACAUGCGCUGAGCAUACAAACAACUGGGCUAUCUUAGUCUCUACAUCGCGCUUUUGGUUCAACUACAGACACAUGUCCAACGUGCUCUCCUUCUAUCGGACCGUCAAAAGGCUGGGUAUCCCAGACUCCCAGAUUAUCCUCAUGCUGGCAGAUGAUAUUGCUUGCAAUCCACGGAAUACAUUUCCCGGCGCCAUCUUCAACAACCAGGACCGAGCGCUGGACCUCUACGGCGAGAAUAUCGAGGUGGAUUAUCGCGGUUAUGAAGUAACGGUGGAGAACUUCAUCCGACUACUCACGAACCGCUGGGGCCCAGAACAGCCAGCGAGUAAGAAGCUGCUGUCUGACGAAAACUCCAAUAUUCUCAUCUACAUGGCAGGCCAUGGUGGUAAUGAGUUCCUCAAGUUUCAGGAUGCGGAAGAAAUUAGUGCCUUUGACAUUGCAGAUGCAAUUGCACAGAUGCAUGAGAAGAGAAGGUACAAUGAGAUCUUGUUCAUGAUUGAUACUUGUCAAGCCAACACGAUGUACAGUCAAAUCCACUCGCCUAAUGUCCUUGCGAGUGGCUCAAGUGCGAUAGAAGAAAGCUCCUACUCUCAUCAUGCCGAUAUGGACAUCGGUGUUGCUGUCAUUGACCGAUACACUUAUUACCACCUGGAAUUUCUCGAACACUUCGUUGAAGACGGCAAUUCAAAUGCUACCUUGGCAGAUCAAUUCAAUUACGUCGAUGCAGACAAAUGUCACUCCACGCCUGGACUACGCACAGAUCUCUUCAACAGACCACUGAAUCAAGUCAAGGUCACUGACUUCUUUGGUGGAGUCAACAAGGGAGACCUUGCCUCUCAAGACCAGAGAUUUGCGCCGCUAGCUAGACCAGCUGACAAGAACGUCACGAAGCGGUCCCCAGCCAAGAAGGCAAACAAACGCGCGGAGGAGACCUGGACAACCAAAGCGCUAUGCUGUAGCGCGCGUGUCGGGUUUUCUGGUGCACCGGAGCUGCUCGAAGCUUGA